AAAGGACUUGAUAAGGAAAAUUAUGAAAUUCUUAAAUAGUAACUAGCAGAAGUAUCCACGGAGUGAUUGUUUACAUCUGUAGUAAAUCCAGCGAAGCAAAAUUUCAUUAUAUUUAAGAUGUCACUUGUCGUGUGCCAAUAAAACACAACAGAUUUUAACAAGAUGGGUGACAAGAUUUGGCCAGUAACAAGAAUUCCAAGCAUUUUUGAUUCUGAUGAUGAUAGUGAUGAAGAUCUUUCAAAUCCCACCCCUUCGGCCAUACUAACAUCCCAGGUGCAGAGCAAUACUAGUACAGCUUUUUCAGAAGAGUAUCCUGCUCAUAGUCAAGCCAGUAAUGAACAGGAUACAGGUAAAGAUGUUAGUGGUGGAAAAGAUAUUGAGAAAGGAUGUAGAGAGGAGCAAGAACCCGAAACCUUUGUCAGCUGUGGACAAGAGUCCAAGGAGAUAGAGGAUGGAAGACAAACACCACUGGAAGAUCAGGGGGGAGACUUGCAAGCCACAGAAAUUGUCAAGGGUAUUGAAGAUCAUGAGGAAGUAUGUGAGGAAGAUACCAGUGUUGAGAGAGUUUACAAUACUGAAGAAACUGACAGCAAGGAAGAAGAAAUAGAGAAAAUAGCACCUAGUGUACAGGAGGUGGAUCAAGGACAAAGCAUUUGUUCUGAUUUAAACAAAAGUUCCUCAGAGCCUGGAAGGUCAGGUGAUAAGGAAGUGAUAGAGGAGGAAUUAGAUAAAAGUUUUUCCAGUUUUGAUAAUGUUGAGGGAAGUGACAGUGAUGACAUUAAUAAAGGAAACCAAAGCAUUUCAAGUCAUGACAAUAUAGAUGAUGGCAGUGAAGAAGAUGCUGCUGGGGGAGAUGAUAAAAGUAUAUCAAGCCAUGAUAAUCUAGAUGAAGCAAGUGAAGGAGAAGAUGCUGACAUGGAGGUAGAUAAAAGCACUGCAAGUCAUGACAAUAUUGGGGAAAUCAGUGAAGAAGAUACUGGUGAAAUAGCAAAUAAAAGUGUUUCAAGUCAUGAUCAUGCUGAUGAAGCAAGUGAAGAUGCUGACAUGGAAGUAGAUAAAAGUAUGUCAAGCCAUAGCAAUGCUGAUGAAGUGAGUGAAGCAGAUGAUGCAAUGGACAAGAGUGUAUCCAGCCAUGAUAAUGUUGAAAUAGGUAGUGAUGAUAGUGAGGAUAAACAUGAUGUAGCGAUUGGUGACAAUGAGUUAGAUAUAAGCCUUUCCAGCCAUGGUAAUGCAGAUGAACAGAGUGAUGGAGAUGUUAAUGACAGUCAUUUAGGCUAUGAAAGUGAAGGGGAGAAGAACGCUGAGCAUCAUGUUGAUGCGGACAAGGAAAAGCUCGCCAAUGAAAGGGGUUCUGAUAGAAUUGACAGUCCAAUUGAGCAUGAUUCUAAAUUGAAGCUUGCAAAAGAACACUGUACCAGUGAUUCUGAAGAAGGGCCAGUUGAGCCCAAGAUUGAAGAUGAUUCUGUUCAAGUAGAGAGUAAAGAUGUGUUAAGCCUCUCUAAAGAGGAUAAGAUGGAAGUUAGUAGUCAAGUAUUUUCUCACACUGUUGGUGAAGAAUAUGAAGUGGUAACAGAAAAAAAAGAAAAGGAUAUUGAAGUAGAAAAAGGUGAAUGUACCACAGAUAUUCAACGUGAUGACAGGAGUCCGAUCUGCAAAGAGGAAACCACUCCUACUGAAGUUGAGGAGGUAAUGGAAGUUGACAAAGAUUCAGAUGUGCUAACUGCAGAAAAGGUUCCCAGUUGUGGCAAACAGGAAACUGACCAACCAGAAACUCAGACAGUAUUCAAAACAGAGCAGAUGAAUAUCUGUGAACGAUUAGAUACUAAAGGUGACUUGGGAGUCCAGGAAGAAGAAAAAGAAGCUGCAGAAAUGGAAAAGAAAGAGAAGAAAGUGGUGGAGGAAAGCCCAAAGUGGGAUGCAUCUGCUGAAGAGUCAGAAGCUGAGUCACGGGAUCCAGAUGCACAAGAGCCUGUGUUGGUGAAGAAGUUCAGUGAAUCAAUAUACAGUGAUUCAGAGACAGAAGAUGUUAUGGAUGUAGAAGCAGAGAAUGAGCCAAAAGUAGCUGGUGUGACUUCUGGCACAGGACGUGUUCCUGUGAGGGUGGAAGACGUUUACACUGAUUCUGAAGAUGAAGGUACACGCGACAGUCAGCCUCAAGUAGGAAGUAAGGGAUGUGAAACUUCAGUGACAAGUGAAACAGAUUCUGUUGAUCCAGAGGAGCAAAAGGAUAGCUUGUAUGUGGAUGCGGCCGCAAAAGAGUCCCGUUCUGCCACCCCCCAGCUCUCUGUUAUCGAAGCAUUGCCUCCCAGUUCCUCAAAAGAAGAUACUAACACUACAACACCGCCUUCGUCUGAGAAGAAAAGGCACCACAAGAGACGCCAUGAAAGUAAAAAAUCAUUCAACUUGGAAGCCUGUUUGAAGGCAUUUGAACAGGGUUGGAAGCGAGAGAUUGUAUUCCGGGCAACAGUCGACCCAAACAAAGGAGGAUCGAGAGCUGACAUUUAUUAUUAUGCACCAUUUGGGAAGAAGCUGAGAUCCAAAGUAGAAAUAGAAGAUUAUUUGCAGCGCUAUGGAAUACAGGAUCUGAAUUUAGACAACUUUACGUGGGUUAAAGCUCCAUUAGGUGUUGGUGAACAGUAUGAACAGAUACGACAUGCAUCUAAAAGUUCUACCAGCUCUGUGCGAGGGAAAACAAGCACCCCAAACCAAGUUGGAGUGGUAACCCCAUCUGUAACGCCAGGAUCAUCACCGAAAACCCCUUCAUCAGUUGAAGUCAAAAACCCUCGCAAGAGAGGCAGGCCGCCCAAGCAGGUGGCUGAGAAGCCUCCCAAGAGAGCCAGGAUGAAAAUCACACCUAUUAUUCCGCUGAAGUUGAAGAAACAAUUGGACAAUAGCAAGAACAUCACCCCAGCAGCACCUGGACCGACAGACACCAGUGCAAGUGAGAGUCAGGCAACUUUCCCUUCAAAUUGGAAUUCUAAUUCCAAUAGUGCUGCUGUUACAACAUCACAGUUAGGAGAAGCGGCACCAGCCAAAAGUGCCGUACCAUCUAAAUCACGGCAGAACCAUAUCGUAUAUAGCACCAAAGUAUGUGAAUCACUUGGAGCAUCAAUGAAGAUAUUAACUCCCAUGUUGUCUGGGGAUAUCUGCAUGAGAACUUUUCAUUGCACCAAUUUUUGUCCUCUCGGUGGUGGCACAGUGCCUAGUCUGCAGUGCAUUAAGUGCCUCUGUCUUUUUCACCCUGAGUGUACCUAUAUGCCACCAGCCACUGCAACUAUUAUACAGACAGGAGGUGCCAAGUUCCUUUGUCCAAAUUGCUAUAGAGAGAAUAAGGAAAAUGUAGGUGCCAACCAGUGGACACCUCCCAAACCAUAUGAACCUCUAGCAUAUGACCCUCCUUGGGAGUCUGAGGAAGAGGACGACAACAAGCCAGACCAAGAAAUCAUUGCAAACAAUUAUAUAAGAGUGAGCAUAAAGGAACAUCAUCAGUCUGUGCUCCCAUCCCACCUGGCAGGUGUGAGUCGCAGUCAACAUUCUGAUGCACUUGGACAAACAACAUCAGCUGCUGCAUAUUCAACAGGAUCAACACAGCCUCCUGUUUUCACCACAGACAGUCAAGGACUGCAAGGAACUCUAACAGUGAAUGCUAGUGGAAUGAUUGGAGGACUGCCACCCAACCUCCCAAAUGGCCAGCUAGUGCAGAUACAGUCGCCAGGCUCGGUGCCAACACGUUUCCUUCUUGUCCGGGCAAAUACUAAUGAGAUGCAGCCAGUUCAGAUGCCUCCACUACAAAUGGGGAUGCCAAGAGGCAUCAUUCUGCCCCAGAAUAUGAUUGGGGGGCAACCAAUGCCAGUUAUGCUCCCAUCCAACCAGUCUAGGUACCCAGGGCCUCACAUGGUUCAGCAGUCAGGCAUGAGGGCAACAGAGGAGUAUGAAAAUGUCAAGGCAGUGGAAGCUCCGAAGAAGCAAGAAUUUUUGCGAGAAUUGAGCCAGAGCUACCGAUUGCUCUUACAUGUAUUCAAAUACUUGUCUGUAAAGGACCUCCUUGUUGCCUCAUGCGUUUGCGUCAUGUGGAGAGACUUGGCUUACAGCUCAUCCUUGUGGGGAACAGUACGCCUACGAAAUGUGUGUGUAAGAGACUGGGCUCAGCUUGCUCGAUUCAUGGAAAGGCGGAAUGUACGCAACAUAGACUUGAGAAAAAUGAUCUUCAGACAUCCUGUUCCAGAGAGAUUAGAGCACACAUUACACCGUUCAGAAGUAUCAAAGAGCCCUUCAAAGGAUGUGACCUCAGUGGAGCCUACUUCUGCCCGUUCAUCUUACAUCCCUGAAACGAGUAGUUCCAGAAAUGGAUCCCCAGUUUCUAGACAGUCAGAAGGCUUUAGAAUAUCACCUCAGAAAGAUAAAUUGAUAAAAGAUCAGGUCAAGGGACUGACUUUGGAUGAUGAUAGCUCAGUUAAGAAGUUAGAAAACCCAGUUAAUACAAAGCUAGAAAAGAGAGAUGCCGUUGGAGAAGUGCAGCCAGAAGUCAAGAAACAAAAAUUACAAAAGAAAACAGAUGCAGCCUGUGAAACCAGUGAUACCACAUCUACAUCAGAGGAGGCUAUGGAGAUCACAGAAGAAGAGGAUUCUAGAGAUGAUAAGGAAACCUGUAAAAAGGAUAGAAUUGAAGCAGAUUCUGAUGGACAUGCAAAGAGAACAAGUGCUGCUUCAUUAGAUGCAGACAGUGACAGAAGACCAAGUCAGGAAAAUGAAUGUAUAGAAGAUAAUGAUACAAAUACAAGUAAAAUUAAAGAUAUACACCCCAGAACAGAAGGAGGCUGCAGAAGAAUAGAAAAGGAUAUUUGGGAUGACAUCUGUGGAGCAAUGGGCAGCAUACAUUGCCUAAGGGGAGUUAUUCUCCCCACCUGCAGGGCCGAAGUAUUGCAGCUGUUGCUAACACGAUGUAAACACCUGAUUUCUGUCACAGCCACAGAGCUAAGAGAGCCAUCUGGAAUUUCAAAAUUUGACCCAGCAUAUCUUAUGGAAGUGCCACAUCUAGAGGAGCUCAGACUGGGUUCUACACAAAACUUUUUGCUUACUUCAAAUUUCAACUUUAUUAAACUCCAAAAGUUAAAGGUUUUGGUAAUGAGAGGAUUUUCCGGCUCCAACUGGCCAUACCUUGGAACCAAUUUGACACAUCUCCAAGUAGGUCCCGUUAGCAAUUUCAGCAACCUGACAUGGAACAACAUAGGAAGCAUGACUAAUUUGGAAGCUUUGUGGUUGGAGGAUGGAGGAUCCCUGAACGACAUUGCCAUCUUUGAAGCCCUGAGUCGUCUAAGCAACCUGCGGCGAUUGUGUCUCUUCAAUUUUGCUGUGGGCCCCAAGCUUGGACAGGCAUUAAAGAAACUCACCAAGUUGGAGAGAGUGUUUGUGCUGCCAGUGUCUUCACAGCAGGCAAAUAUUGGUGUGCAGAAUGGGAAUAUGCUGGCAGUGACUGAGACGAUGCGCCAUGUAGAUGAGCUUGUGUGGGCAGUGCGGUCACAAGACAUCCAACUUUUCAGCCAAGUAGAACAUAUUCAUAUGUGUCCAUCCAAAACAAAGGCUUAUACAGGGUUCACAAAUAGUGACGAUGCUAUGGCAAACCUAUGGACAUUGCAGCGGCUGGAAACAAUAGUGAAACGCCAUCUUCCACGUACACGAGUGCGCAUUCUCAAGUUAGAUGCUGCAGCAGCUGCCAGAAUGGCCAUGUCAACCCUCUGAUAGUUGCUGUGGAUGCUGUCCGGGCAGCUGACCACCAAAGCACCACCUGCCUUGCCCCAGUGUCCACACUAUUGCUGUCAAAGGAAAACCUUUAAGGAUGUAUAGAUUAAGGAGUUGUAUAUUUGCCUAUACAGCCUGGAUUUGUUAUACUUAUCUGUACUUUGUUAAGUAGAUGGAGUUAGAUAAGUGCUAUGCACCUUAGAUUUGAAUAUAGUACAGAAGUUCUGAAGGACAGCUUUUCUUUUUGUUAUCUUUUGCCUGCUUUCAAAGUAUGUAUUACAGUUUAAAGUGAAAAGUUGUUUAGUCUUGUCUGAAUAGAAAAUGUGUAAUAAAUAAUUCAUUUUUAGAUUAAAAAAUGUCAACAUGUAUGUAAUAUAUUUAAAUUUAUAUUACUAGAUUUAUGGUAAAAAAAGAAUCCCAUCUCAAUGUUAUUAAUAACUGGUGUAAAUUUAUUUUACACCAGCAAUGUAAUUGAAAAAAUAGAAGCAUAGGUAAUAAGUGUAUAUUUAAAAAUAUAAAGAUUUUCAUAGGCAUUAAUCAAAAUAAAAAUUAUAUUUUUCUUUA